AUGAACCAAUCUGAACUGCCCGAGCUCUCUUCCGAGAACCGUGAGGCCACGGUUUCGACUCAGCAAGGAGAGCGCGUCAAAUACCGCGAAGAUGGCUGGUGCCCCUUUCAUCCGGACAUUCAACUUAGAGAGAGAAAAGGUAUUCUGGGCCGGAAAUGGAAGACCAUCCUUCCCAUGUGCCCCCGCUGUCAAGCGGAAUGGGAGCUCAACAUGGGUAGUGUCAGCAGCAACAUGACAUCGUCUUCCAUUUCAUCGCCUACGUCUCCUGUUCGACAGGCCGCCACGACGACGGUUUCUCCCGCUGUCGUAUCUCCCCCACCAACUCCAGGAUCAUCGUAUACCGGCGUUUUGCCAAUGGCUCUCGUUGUGGGCAGCAACGGCACCGUCCAACAAGAAAGUUUUGUCUCGGCAACGUCCAACACUACCGGUACGUCUAUCAGUAUGCAAUCUUCCACCUCGGGUGGAUCGGCGGCGCUGGAUCCCAAUUCCAGGAACCGACCCUCAAAUCCCCUGGUGGAUGCCAUCAGGAAUAUCAAAAAGAACAGUCGAAGACUGGCUAAGGCACUCCAAAGUCUGGUGAAUGCCUGCAAUGGCGACGCCCGGGGGCAAAAAGAGGUGCUGGAGGCAGGUGGGGUGGAAGCCAUUCUGUUGGCCACCAAGAUCCACACCCAAAACGCCAAAAUCCAGCAAUUGACUUGCAAGGCUCUCUGGACGUUAUCAUUUGGCAGCAACCACCACAAACGACAAGUGGCACAAGCGGGAGGAAUCGGGGCCAUUUUGAGUGCCAUGCAAACUCACCCAAAAGACGCUGAGGUCCAAGAACAGGCAUGCGGCGCUCUUCGGAACUUGUCCUUUUACAACCCCAACAAUGUUCAGAUUGCCAAUUCCGGUGGGAUCUUGGCACUGUUGGCAGCCAUGCAACACCACUUGGGCGAGGCCAUUCUGCAAGAAGAAGCCUGUGGAGCGCUCAGGAAUUUGUCGUUUGAUCACCAGAAUCAAAUUUCGAUUGUGAGCGCCGGUGGCAUUGAAGCCAUCGUAGCGUCUCUUUCGCAGCAUCCCCAGAAUGCCGCCCUUCAAGAACAGGGUUGUGGGACGAUGCACAAUCUCUCCUUUCGUGGUCCUUACCAAGUGUCCAUUGCCAACGCCGGAGGCAUUCCCGUCGUUCUGGCGGCGCUCCGGAAUCAUCCCACGGAUGCCACCGUGCAAGAACAAGGGUGCGGUGCAUUCGGCAAUUUGGCCCAGCACGAGCCAAGUCAAUCGAUCCUCCUAUCGGGCGUCCAACUCAUUCUGGCAGCCAUGGAACGCCAUCCUACCCACGCUGGAGUCCAAGCGAGCGCUUGUGGGGCGCUGUGCCAGCUGUCGCGUCCCUUGUUUAUGCGGCCUCGAAUCCGUGCGGCCGGUGGUGUGGAAGCGCUCGUGUUGGCACAAACGGCACAUCCCAAUCACCCUGCCAUUCGAGGCCAUGCGACAAAAGCACUGAAGAGUUUGGGAUUCUCCAACACGGAGCAGUGGUUGCGGGGCUCGGAAGGUUCGUAA